ACCAACGGAGGGGGAGGUGCCACGCGUGCGGCAGGCCUCUGAUCAGCGCACCAGCGGAGCGGGCGCGUACUUUUUUCGCCUCCGACGUGUUUCCGGCCUUAAAGGCAUUUCGCCCUUCCCUUUAAGACGCACCGCCCCCUCUCAGUCACUCCCAAGAUGGCGGACCUACUGGGCUCCAUCCUGAGCUCUAUGGAGAAGCCACCCAGCCUCGGUGACCAGGAGACUCGGCGCAAGGCCCGAGCGUUAAAUUCCCGAGCUGCCCAGGGGGAUCGUGAUGUUGAUUGGAGGGAUAAGAAUGCCCCGGUGGGUCCGAUUGGCCGUAGUCUCCCCGCCUGUGCUUUCCGAGUAGCUUCCCAGCACGCGGCCUCGAGUUCGGCAGCCAGCCUAGGGCGCGGCCCUGCGGAGGAGGAAAAGUAUUCCAAGCAUACGGAACAACAGGUGCAAAGGCACGGAAUGAUUAGAAGAAUGGAAAAAGAGCAGGCUGCCCGCCUGAAGAAACUACAAGAGCAAGAGAAACAACAGAAAGUGGAGUUUCGUAAAAGGAUGGAGAAAGAGGUGUCAGAUUUCAUCCAAGACAGUGGGCAGAUCAAGAAAAAGUUUGAGCCUAUGAACAAGAUAGAGAGGAGCAUCCUACAUGAUGUAGUGGAAGUGGCUGGCCUGACAUCCUUCUCCUUUGGGGAAGACAAUGACUGUCGCUAUGUCAUGAUCUUCAAAAAGGAGUUUGCACCCUCAGAUGAAGAGCUGGACUCCUACCGUCAUGGAGAGGAGUGGGACCCCCAGAAGGCAGAAGAGAAACGGAAGCUGAAGGAGCUGGCUCAGCAGCAGGAGGAAGAGGCAGCCCAACAGGGACCUGCAGUGGUGAGCCCUGCCAGUGACUACAAGGACAAGUACAGCCACCUCAUUGGCAAAGGAGCAGCCAAGGAUGCGGCCCACAUGCUACAAGCCAACAAGGCCUAUGGCUGUGUGCCUGUGGCCAACAAGAGGGACACACGCUCCAUUGAAGAGGCCAUGAAUGAGAUCCGAGCCAAGAAGCGUCUGCGGCAGAGUGGGGAAGAGUUGCCAACUACCUCCUAGGCUCCCCACCCAGCACCCUUUGACCUCUGGGCAGGACAGGAGGCAGGGAGGGACAAGGCUGCUGCUAUUAGGACCCAUCCUGGAGCCCCACCUCCUAACCGCCUCCUGCCAGCUGUCACUCAGGCUGGGGGGAAGCAGGUGUUCGAUGUGUCACUGUUGGAGCUUGGAUAUGUAUGUGGUGUGUGUGUUUGUGUGAAAGAAGAGUGUGAAUGUGUAGGUGGGUAUUUAAUCUGUAUUAUUCUUUGUUCUUCUUGGAACUUCCUUCCCCAUGGGGCUGGGGUUACUUUACAUUCAAUAAACACUUUUUGACCCAA